GGCGAGCAAGGCAAAGCACGCCAAGCGCGAGUCCGUCCAACAAACAGCCCAUCACUCACUCGCCGCGGCGACCAUCCCCGCAGUUCUCACUCCAGUCUCCACACACCUCUCACGAGCGCGCGCGCGCGCGUCCGCCAUGGCGCCGUCUAAGCCUUUAUUCCCCGUCGCCGUCCCCGCCCCCGACCCGUCCGACGAGGUCGUGCGCGAGUUCGGCCCACUGCUCCGGAUCUACAAGAGCGGCCGCAUCGAGCGGCCCCUGGUGGCCCCGCCCGUGGAGCCUGGCCACGACGCCGCCACGGGCGUCCAGUCCAAGGACGUCCACCUCGGCUCCUACUCCGCGCGGCUCUACCUGCCCCCAAGCGCCGGCGCCGGCGCCAAGCUGCCCGUCGUCGUGUACGUCCACGGCGGCGGCUUCGUGGCCGAGUCCGCCGCCUCGCCCAACUACCACCUCUUCCUCAACAGGCUCGCCGCCGCCUGCCCCGCGCUCGCCGUCUCCGUCGACUACCGCCUGGCGCCCGAGCACCCUCUGCCGGCGGGCUACGACGACUGCCUCGCCGCGCUCAAGUGGGUGCUCUCCGCCGCCGACCCAUGGGUCGCCGCCCACGGGGACCUCGCCCGCGUCUUCGUCGCCGGGGACAGCGCCGGCGGCAACGUCUGCCACCACCUCGCCAUCCACCCGGACGUCGUCCAGGCCCAGCGCGCGCGACAGGCCGGCGCGCCGCCGCUCAAGGGCGCCGUGCUCAUCCACCCCUGGUUCUGGGGCUCCGAGGCCGUGGGCGAGGAGCCCAGGGACCCCGCCGCGCGCGCCAUGGGCGUCGGACUCUGGCUCUUCGCGUGCCCCGAGACCAACGGUCUGGACGACCCGCGGAUGAACCCCUUGGCGCCCGCCGCGCCGGGACUCCACACGCUGGCGUGCGAGCGCGUGAUGGUGUGCGCCGCGGAGGGCGACUUCCUUAGGUGGCGCGGCCGCGCGUACGCCGAGGCGGUGGCCGCGGCCAGGGGCGGUGACCUCGGGGAGGCCGCUGGCGUCGAGCUGUUGGAGACCAUGGGAGAGGGCCACGUCUUCUUCCUCUUCAAACCCGACUGCUACGAGGCUAAGGAGAUGAUGCACAAGAUGGUCGCCUUCAUCAACGCCCCCUGAGGCGUGAGGUGCUUGUGUUCGCGUCUCAGAAUCAUCGUUGGCGUGGCUAGGUAUGCGCCACCGUGUCAGACAUUUAUCGUGACAGCGUGCAAAAUAAAGGCCUUGGAUCCGUGAGAAAUUGGCUUAAUAAAGUAGGUUGUUUAGUUUGGAAUUUAACUUUUUAAAAUUUAAAUAUAAACUCACCUUAAAUUUA